AUGCGUGUGGUGUGUUUUCUGUGGUGGUGUUUCGUGGUGGGAGUGCGGGUGCAUGCGCGGUCUACUUUGCAUGGGUGGCAGUCGGCCCGCUCUGGUGGCCAUGAAACAGAGUGGGCACCUCAGGCCGAGUGCCACGGCCUCUCUUUGGGCCUCUCUGACCUCUGUCUCUGCCUCUCUGUCUGUCUCUGUCUCUGCCCCCCUCAGGCCAGGGAGCGAGAACAGCAGGCCGAGCAAGCGCAGACCCGGGCCCAGGCCGGUCAGUGGCAGGCGGCAGCCCCCCGCCCAGAGCUGGACGACAUGGCCGCUGGGCCCCUCUUGCUGCUGGACGCCCUGGGCCCGACGCCGCCCAGCCCGCCCUCCAGCCCUUCUUCCUCGGAGCCGGCCCGGUGCCCCACGGAGGCGGGUGGCGAGGAGGCCGGGGAGAGCCCCCCUAGAUCCUCUCCGGAGGAGGAGCCGGAUCCUGGGAGCCCCCCCAGGGCCAGCAGCCCCGAGGAGCCCCAACCUCCGCCGGCCCCGCCCAGCCCCGGACCCUGCCCCGCUCGGCCUCGGGAGCUCGUGUCGGUCCAGCUUCUGGGCAGCCAUGGCCAGAGCGGCGAGGCGGGCCCGGACCGAAGGGAGCAGGCGGCAGAGACAGCGGGUGGGACCCCCGAUGGGAAGAAGGCCGUGCCCUCUCUCCAGAAGCCCAGCCCCCGCUCCUGCCAACGCUCCCUGUCGCUGCUCACCCCCCGCAGGGCCCGGGUUCCAGACUCCCCGAAGGCUGGGCCUGCCGGCCCCUCCCCUUUCCAGAGGACCAGCUCUGUCCGCGACCGGGUGCGCAAGUUCACUUCGUCCGAGGCUCCGGCGUCCCCGGGGGCCCAGACCCCCCAGCAGCUGCAGCGGCGGCUCGGCUCCAGGGACCAGACAGCGCCAGGACCCCCACGGGCCGGGCUCGUGGGCGGCAGGAGCGGGGAGCCGGGCCCUUCCUCCUCCAUCUCCCUGGUCCCGGGCAGGAUCGCCAGCAGCGGCGCCCGCAUCUCCUCCUGGCACGGAGAACCCCUGAUUGUCCGAGUGGGAGCCAGGGCUGGGGAUCGCCCUAAAGAGGAGGGCCUGGGGGGGCGGAGCCCGGCCACGUCACAGGGGAGGCCCCUUGAAAAUGGAGAGAGGGGCCCCCCGGCGGACUCAGAGGAGCCCGGCAGCGCCAGGCAGGCUCCACGGGCACGUGCGACCGGGGACGCCAAUAUGAAGACCACCUUCACCAUUGAGAUCAAGGAUGGCCGGGGCCAGCCCGUCAGCGGCCGGGUGCUGGGCCCCGCGGGCAGCCAGAGGACAGAGCUGACGCUGGGGCUCCCAGGCACUCCCGUCCACUUUGGUGGCAACAGCACUGGCGGGGGCACCGUCAGCCACAUCAGCACCCCCAGGAUCAUCAGCCAUGUCAGCACCCCCAGAACCGUCAGCCACGUGGGCACCCCCAGGAUCAUCAGCCACGUGGGCACCCCCGGGAGCGUCAGCACCCCCAGGACCAUCAAUCACUUUAGCACCCCUGGGACCGUCGGCGCCCCCGGGAUGGCCACACGUGUGGGCAGCACCCCCCAUGUCACCAGCAUGGGGCGCUUCGGCAAGCAUCUUCGACCGGGAGGACGAGACCCCGUCACGGGCCGGGAGCCUGGCGGCCCUGGAGCGGCGCCAGGCCGAGAAGAAGAAGGAGCUGAUGAAGGCCCAGAGCCUGCCCAAGACUUCAGCCUCCCAGGCCCGCAAGGCCAUGAUCGAGAAGCUGGAAAAGGAGGGCGGCGGCGGCAGCCCCGCCGGCUCUCGGGGGGCCGUACAGCGCUCGUCCAGCUUCGGGGUCCCCAACGCCAACAGCAUCAAGCAAAUGUUACUGGACUGGUGCCGAGCGAAGACCCGCGGCUAUGAGCACGUCGACAUCCAGAACUUCUCGUCCAGCUGGAGCGACGGCAUGGCCUUCUGCGCGCUGGUGCACAACUUCUUCCCCGAGGCCUUCGACUACGGCCAGCUGAGCCCCCAGAACCGGCGCCACAACUUCGAGGUGGCCUUUUCGUCAGCAGAGGUGCUGGUGGACUGCGUGCCCCUGGUGGACGUGGAAGACAUGAUGAUCAUGGGCAAGAAGCCGGACCCCAAGUGCGUCUUCACCUACGUGCAGUCGCUCUACAACCACCUGAGACGCCACGAGCUUCGAUUGCGGCAGAAAGAGCUCUAGGGGUCCCUAGCCCCCCGAGCCGAGGCAGCACCCCUCCCAUCCCCCCUCCAGUGUGUGCAUCCAGAAGAGCUCCUGCGCCACAUUCCCUGCCCUGGCACCGGCGCCCACACCCGCCCCCCACCCCACGGCUCCAGCUCCCCCAGUUACUCACAGCGAUUCACGGAGUUUUUAUAAAUUAUUCGUUCUCAA